AUGGACGUGUGUCACAUAUCCGAGCCACACUCCAUCCCGGGCGCAGACAACUGGCUGGGCAGCGAGGAAGGCCUUGCGGCCAUAUGCUGGAGGACGGAGGGCGAUGCACCACGGUGCUCCCUACUGGAUAGGGGAAGGGGGUAUGUAGCGGCCAGAUGCGGAGACAUAGCAGUCGUGUCUGUCUACAUAUCCCCCAACGUCCCCAUGCAAGCUUUCGAGGCAUUUAUGGACGACCUGGCGCGGGUGGUCCGGUCAGCAGGCGAUGGCGGGAGGGGAGUACUGGUGGGCGGCGACUUCAACGCCCGCUCGCCGACAUGA